GUCUCUUCUUAAGCGCCAGAGACGCUAGGCUCGCUUUAGACGGGGACGGCUGCUCAACCCUCAACCAUGCGUACUCCAGGGAUCUUGAUAUUCGGCAUGGUCCUGGCCCCCUGCGGAUGGAUCCUGGACCUGACCAGCACGGUCGCACCCAACUGGCGCACCAUCAACAACCUGGCCGGUCAAUCUGUGGAUCUGGUGGUGGAGCAAGGAAUCUGGGACAUCUGCAAUACCUUCACAACGUCUAGAUCGCAAAUGUGCAACCAACGCACCAAUGACCAAACAUACUUCAACAACCAGAUCAUUCCGAUCGCUCAAGGAAUGAUGAUCGCGUCAUUGAUCGUGACCAUCCUUGGCCUAGCGGUGGCGACGCCUGGAGUCAGAUGCUGGAGGGACAGACCGAGAUGGAUCCUGGCUAGUAUCGGCGGGCUCCUCAUCUUCUGCUCCGGAGUCCUGACCAUUAUUCCUAUUGCGUGGUACACUCAUCUUCUCAAAAGCCUCAACUCCACCUCGGUCAAGAGAGACCCAUUGAGAGAGGAUGACAUUCGUGUGGGAUACUGCAUCAUUUUGGGCUACAUCGGAGGCAUCAUGGAGGUCCUCGGCGGUUUGGUGAUGUUCAUCGGGAUCUGCUCCUGCUGCGGAGGACGGAACCGCGGAGAAAAGCCUGGAACCAACACAGGAAGACCAGCGCCUAGAACAGUGACCAGGCUGGCGGACAGACCAACGCCUCUGCCCAGGGUCAACAUACCGAGAAGCUACACCAGUGAAAGCAGCGUACCGUACUCGCAGAAGUCACUGGACGACGACCUGGACUUCCCGAGAGCCAAAACCCGGGACAGGGGGACCGUCAACACAUCCUACAGCGGAAGACCUUACGAUGCUGAUCUGUAAAAUGACUAUUGCAUACUGUGAAUAUUAGAUUAUUACUUGUGAACGCCGUGUUAGCUGUCUACAACUGGAGCGUACACCGGUACUUUUGAAUGUUUACAACAGAAAGCGAUCAGGCUUUUGCCAGUUGCACUCUCAGGUUAAGUAACACGAGGACUUUAAUUUGAGACUUGUAAAUAGCCAAAAAUCUAACUCCCAGUCCAGUAAUAUGUCUUAAAAUCUACUCAUGCAUCUUAAUCUAGCCUAAUGAUAGUAUCAUAUUAAUACUGAAGGAUCUAAGAAAAAUGAAUUGUGCAAUAUUUUUUUCUUUUGCUGCUGGAAAAAGUUGAGUGAAACAGGUUAUCAGGGUUUCUUGUGAUGCAGUUUAACUAGUAAUACUGGUUGUUUGAGUUUUAUCUGCAAGCAUGUGGGUCAUGUCUGUCUCGGAACUGUAAUGUAAUAAAUGUUGCGGUUUAAUGAAGGGCAGUGAGCAGAUAACUUACAUUCUUCAGUCUGGAAACAUCAAAACAAACUUACCUGUUACACAAUUGCCGAGAUGUAUAAUAAUAAAUGAAUGAAGCUCAUUAAUCAUUAACUGUAAAAAACGAUGCUUAUAAGAGCAACAAGGUGUAAAUGAGGUCAAAUGGUAAUAAAACCAUUUUAAUGUGACUUUAUUUUGCCGUAACUCAUCAGAUCAUGUCAUAUUUCCAUUCCUCGGGGUUCAAGGUUUGUGUGCUUUCUAACAGCAAUAAAACACAUUUUAAAUCUCUUUGUAA